AUGGCCGUGCUCGUCUCGCAGGACUGGCAGCCUCCCAAAGACCAUACCAUGGACGCGCUGCCCUCCCAAUCCUCCGCCAUCAACCCCGCCGUUCCUCGUCAGCGCUCAUCACCCGCCAACGACCAGGCAGUGUCCCCCACCAUGUCCAACCAGCAGCAGCCCUACCCCUACCCCGUCCAGCAGCAGCAGCAGCAGCAGCAGGCCGGCUGGUCGCCCGCCCACUCGCCGCAGCAGUACUACCCUGCCUUCUACCAAAACCAGCCGUCCUACCCCGUCCACGGCCACCCGCCCCAGCAGCAGAUGCACGCCCCCUACUACGACCCCGCCAACAACCAGUACGCCCAGUGGGCCUAUCAGCAGAUGAUGUUCACCGCCCAGCAGCAGGCCCAUCAAAUGUCCCACGUCCCCCAGCACAUCGGCUCCCAGCGCGGUAGGUCCGCGCCGCCGUCUGGCGACUACUUUGCGAUCAACCAGCUCCCCGGGUUCAAUCCCUUCCCCAGCGGCACACCGCCCCCGCAUCCGUCGCAGCUGCCCAACGGCGGCUACCCGCCGAGCGACCAGCAGCCUCCGCAGUACCAGGGCUUCCACCCGUACCGACGCCCGCCGCGCCAGGCGUCGGCGUCCAGCCAGGAUCCAGCCCCGAACGGCGAGUGGCGGCCCCCGCCGCAGACAGGUCCUUUCCAGGCGCCGUACGUCCGCGCCGACGCUGCCGGAUCGUCGACAUCGAUCAACUCGUCGUCCAGCAGCCAGCGACAGCGCACGAACAGCAACCAGGGUCCGCCUGCAUCCCCGCCCUCGUCCCUCCAUGUAAAGCCGAGCAGCCACCCUCGCGGCGGGAGCGCUGUGUCUUCCCCACCGCCCAGCACGUCCUCGCAACGAACACACGGCCGCACGUCUUCCACGUCUUCCGCAUCUUCUACGACACGCGCACCCAGCACGACGACUGCCUCCACCUCGGUACCCGCGGCUGGCGGCGCGACGCAACGAAAGCCGUCGCCGCUCUCGCAGGGUAAUUUUACCGCAGCGGAGAAGCGAAUGUCCCGCGACGACAGCGACCUGGCCGCGAUGCUGGAGCCGAACCCGAACGCACCAGGCGUGCGCAGCGGUGGGCUCAAAGGGCGAUUGCGACGUGCACUCUCGCUCGGAGCGAACAACACGCUGCUCGAGGAGGACGAGGGCGGCGAGGAGGACACAGCGAAGGGGGCGCGCCCGGCUCCCACGGGGAGCGGGAGCUCACAGGCGACGAUCACGGGGGACGACGAGUCCACGGCGACGGUGCAGAAGAAAAAGUCGCGGUCACUGUUCAACUCACGGCUCAAUCGCUCGACGGACAAUAUCUCUCUGUCUUCAACCAUGUCCUCUGCGUCGAUGGUCAUCCGAAAGCUCGGCUCGAUCGGGAAGCUCACACGCCGCAACUCGCUUGCGGGGAUAACGUCACUCUUCAAAGACAAGAAGGAGAAAGAGGACGAGGAAGCUGCUGUCGCCGCCGGGAAAAAGACCAAGAAGAAGAAGGGUGAAAAGGGCGCCCCCGCAGAAGCUAGCGUGUCGAUGGCUACCGCGGAGCUUGACCGCACGGAGUACGGUGGCCCAGAGCUCGCAGGGCUCAGUCCCGCCGCGCGACUCGCGCGGCAGCAUACGCUGAAGAGCAACGCCGAGGCCGCUGCAAAGGCCAAGGCCGAGGCCGAGGCGCGUGCCGCCGCCGCCGCAGCAGCAGCGGCGCAGAACGGCGAGCAAGUGGACGUGCCGACGACGUGGGAGAAGAACACCACGAACCGGCAGGGCGAUCCCGCAGGUGGACGACGGGUGAACGAGGAGGGGAUGGGCAUCGUGGACGACAACUCAGAUAGCGGCAGCGACGAGGGGCCGCAAGACCGCCAUCCGCAGAACUACAGCAUGGACGGGUGGGACGACGACGAGGACUGGAACGAGGCGCAGGAGGAGGAGGACGUGACGAUCCGGGCGGAGUUCGAGCAUGCGACGCUGGAGGACCAGGAGGAGAUGGAGCCGUGGGCGGUGAACGUGCGGAGGAGCGUCGAGAAGGCACGGAAGCCGGCGAAGGGCAUCUUGAAAACGCAAGGCUACGAGCAGGACGCGUACCUCCACCCGGAGCCGCCGUUCGCGCGCAUGCGCUCAAACUCGUACGACUCGGCGCCCUCGCGCAGCGGCGAGCUCGGCCCGCUCGCGCGCAUACCGUCGCCCGACCCCGACCACAUCGACGGGCUGCACAAACACAACUCGCAUAGCCCGCCAAAUGGUCAGGGCGCGUCGAACAACGGCGUGUUCAUCCCGCCGCUGGCCUUCGAGAGCAAUGGGCUCUCACUCGACUCGCCGAAGGACGUCACCGACACGAGCAGUGUGAACUCGGGCGCCACGGAGAAGCGUUCUGCGACGGCGCCGGCAAAGCGACUCGCCUUCGCGUCCAAUCUGUCGGUCUAUGACACGUUCCCAGCGGCGGUGUACGACAGGCGAAGCGAACCUGCGACAUGGAGCCGGCUCACGCCGGCGUUGGCGCAACGCAUAAAGGAGGAGCUAAACUCGUACAAGAUGGAGGAGAUGGAAGUGCAUGCUUCGAGCCGUGUCCACACACAAUUCUUCGUUUGA